CAACAGAGGAAGCGACGCAACGGGCUCGUCGCGCCCACAGCCAGGCCACCUCGAGUCCCCGACGACGAGGGAAACGACGAGUGGACGCCCGAGAAGGAGAGAUCUAGCAGGCAUGCAAGCAAAAGUGGAAGCGUGGGCGGUGGAAGAAAUGGCGGUCAUAAGAGGAAGGCAGAGUGGAGUGCUCCAGCUUGGACCGGUAGGAGGGAGAACUACGAUGAUGCGCCGCUCAGUGUAGACCAAGUAGAUAUUAUACCGUUAUGGACUCCAGCCAAGUUGGUGGCAGGUGCAAAGGGCGCUGUCAAGAUAAUCCCGACAACAGCCGACAGGUCAAAUGGAGAUUCCGCUGCGGAAUAUGUUAAGCCAGAGGACAAGGGGGUCUUUUCAAUUCCCAUGUCACAAUUGGCAACAGAUACAGAGACGGUAACAAUGAAAGAACUUCCAGCUGAGACUGAACCACCUGGUGUAAGAUCAGAUGAAGAGGGUCGGGGAAACAGCUGUUUUUCGGAAGAGAAGUCCAAGACACGGUACCCACGACGUUGUAGCAGAAGGAAAGUGUUUUAUGAAGAAAACAUUACUAAAGAUGACGAUUUUAUGUAUUGCGCAGGCUGUGACGAAGAGAAAGAGGGAGAGUGUCCAUACCAUCCAUUGUUCCUUAUUCUAGAUAACCCCGUUGUUCGAGACGGCAGCGAGAAAGAUCGUGCUCGCCUCACAACCCCUUGGCCCCUCACUGUCUACGACUCGAAAGUGAAGGGGGCAGGAAAAGGCGUGUGGACCAAUGCACAUCUCCCAGCCAAUCUUGUGUUUGGACCAUAUGAGGGCCGUGUCCUAUCUGGCCCUCCGGAAGCCGGUAAAGAAUCUGGCUAUGGCUGGAAGAUUCGAGGUGCUGGAACAAGGAAUAGAUGCAUUGAUGCUGUAGACAUUGCAGUUAGUAACUGGAUGCGUUACGUCAACUGUUCAAGAACUCGAGCUGAGACCAACCUAUCUGCAUUUCAGUACAAGGGGCAGGUCUACUACAGGACGGACUCUGCAAUUAGGAGGUAA